AUAUAAUUAUAUAAAUAAAUAAAAGUAGUGAGUCACAACAUAUACUCAGUUCUUCCCACAGUAUAUACUUAUAAAAUUCUGGGUUUUCAUUCUCAAAUUCAAACUUAUCCUCUUCCAUUUUCUCCUUUUUUUUUUUUUUUUGUUUGUUUUCUCUCUCUUCAAAUUUUCUCACUAAGUUGCGAAGGAUCCAAGUAAUUGCUUUUUAAUCUUUUGUUCAAAUUCUUUAAUUUUACCCUCGUUUUCUGCUGCUACUGUCAGCUUCGGAUCUGCAGUUUCUUCGCAUCCAACAAAAGGGUUGUUUCCAACAUUUGGGUCAAAACUUUAAUUUGGGGGAACGGAAAUUAAGGUUGGAUCUCGUGUGAAAAGUAUAAUUAAAUUGAAGAUUUUUUCUGGGUAGUGUGUAAAUAUUAGGAAAUUGGAAGGAAAUGAGCUCUGUGGCAUUGCUGGGGAGAUAAGUUAUUGAGUACUAUAAUGGAGAAUCUUACUUCAAAAGAUGGGUAUUUUGAUACUGAUCUUGAAAUGGGGGGAGCUUGUAAUAAUCUAGAUUUAAGUGGGGGUGAAGCAAUUGAGAACAAUGAAGGGAUUAAAUUUGAAGAAAGGGUUUCACCUUCGAUUACUAUGAGUUGUGGGGGUGAUGAUGGUGAGAGUGUGAAGUUGAUGGUAGUGGAUGAAAGGAAGGAAGGUGUAAUGGAGAAGAAGAUAGUUAAGGAGAGGCCGAAGGGGAUGAGUGCUAAGAAACCACCGAAACCCCCACGACCGCCUAGAGGUUUGUCAUUGGAUUCAGCUGAUCAGAAGCUGAUUAGGGAACUUCAUGAGCUUGCUAAGCUUAAGCGUGCUCGAGUUGAGCGGAUGAAAGCGAUGAAGAAGGCCAAAGAAGCAAGGGUUGCUUCAUCGAAAAACCAGUUAUUUGCUACUCUGCUCACUGUCUUGUUCUGCCUAGUUGUGCUUUUACAAGGAAUUUCUUCGAGAACUAGUUCAUCUGCAAGCUUCCAGGGAUCUCCUAUUUCGUCUGGAGUUACAGACCGCAGCAUUAUUUCUGUUCAGCAGAACCCAAUUUCAUCAGCAAGCUAUGUUAACGGACCUGGUUCUGAAUCCCCCAGAUUAGUGGAGCAGUCUUCUGGCGUUGAUAGAGCAGAACAGGCGAGUAGAGCAGUGGGAUGAGUGCUUUUAUGUUUUCAGAAGGCGUCAAUUUUGGUGCGUCUGGUUAUUCUUCCACUGAUGAAGAAGAAUGAAUGUGUAAACACUCAUACUAAUAACGAAAUCUGUAGCUGCUGUUUGAUUUUGAGAUGUACAUAGCGUGGCAUAAGCAUAAAGUAUGUGCUCCCUUUGCUUCAGUGGGGGGUUUGAAGCAUUUUACUUAUAAAUCAUAAAUAGAAUGACAAUAAUUUUGGUUA